CUCACCUGCAUCCAUGCUGCAACGUCGCUAAAAUUUCUGCUCUUCUCUGCGAAAAAAAAAAAAAACCCCGAGGUUUCUUGGGGCUUCAGGUGGAAAUUAAAGACGACACAAAGAUGCGACGUCUGGGCUCCGUUCAGCAGAAGAUACCGUGUGUGUUUCUGACGGAAGUGAAAGAAGAACAGUCCAGAAAACGAGCCUGUCAGCAAUUUCAAGUUGUCGCCACUGAAAAUGUGAACCCUGUCGCUCUGGAGGCCAAUGUAGACUGUGCACUCGCCACAGAGAAACUGGAUGGUACCUGCUGUUAUGUCACAGUUUAUAAAGAGCAGCCGUACCUCUGGGCUCGACUUGACAGGAAACCCAACAAACAAGCAGAGAAGAGGUUCAAAAAGUACCAGCACUCUCACAGGAGCUGUAAAGGUUUCACGUGGAACGUAGAAGAAGAUUUUAAGACGGUGCCGGAGACGUGGAUCCCAGCUCACGGGGUCAAACAUCUCAAUGGCCACCCGCUGCCUGACGAACACGGACACAUUCCAGGCUGGGUUCCAGUGGAGAAGGACAACAAGCAGUACUGUUGGCACUCCUCUGUGGUGGAUUAUGAAGUCGGGGCGGCUCUUGUUCUCAGGCCCAACGCCGACAAUGAAGACAUGCUGGAGAUCACUACUGUUCCACUGGCUGAGCUCAUGGAACAAACGCUGGAGCUCAUUGGAACCAAUGUCAAUGGGAACCCUUAUGGACUGGGGAGUAAGAAGCAGCCUGUCCACUGCCUGGUGUCACACGGGAGCGUUUAUAUCACAAACCCUCCACCCGUGGACUUCCAGCAGCUCUGCUCCUGGUUCCAGGAAAAUCCAGAGGGCCGAGUCGAGGGCAUCGUCUGGCACUGCAAUGACGGCACACUCAUUAAGGUUCAUCGUCAUCACCUGGGACUGAAGUGGCCCGAUGGGGAUUCCUGCUUCGGUGACAGGUCGGUGAUCAUUAAUGUCGACUGGACAGUUGACGAGUACAACAACAGCAAGGACUUGUUCUCAUCUUUCUCCUCACUAAAUGGACACUGCUUCAGUCGGCUCCAGGACAUCCAGUUCGACCCCUAAAACCACAGGCUGCGAAUACGAAACAUUCCCUCCCCUAAACCUUUUUCUGUGACCCUGCAAGGAUUUGUUACUUUGCCGAUAGUUCUCAGAUAUUUUUGCCUGUAAUUCCAGAUGAGCGGUUUAAAAUUCCCUGUUUAAAUCACUCAAAUUUUGAGUGGAAACAAAUGAAAUGCACUAAUGCAGAACUACAGAUUCCACAUAUCAAAAUUAGUCUUAAUAAGUCUAGAUCAGAAUGGUUUACAAUGAGGCAAGGCGAGGAUCAGACAGGAACAGUGGUUUGUAUUAAAGGCGCUAUUUGCAAAUUUUGCUGUUGCUACAUAGCUGUCUUGAGAGGUGGAAAGUAACGCCAAUGUUAACUCUUCUCUCUAUAACAUCUUUUCUGCUACUGAAUUUGCUUUGCAGAAAUGUGAACAGCUUUGAGAUGUAUUCACAUUACAGCAGAAAAACAACGGUCUUAUACUGGGGGUUCUGCAGUGGUCGGUAUAGUAUUUACCACUCUAAAACUCCUGGUGGCGCCGUGCCAAAAUGCAGCUACCUUAGCUACAGAAAAUGUUGCUAGCAGUAGACUGCUACAUUUGAGACAUUAACAAUAAUAUGCAUGCUGAUAUUCCACAAAGAGAAUAUAUUCUUAGUCUGGUCUCACUGUGAUGCCAGUUGGUUAUUGUAGAGUUCUGAAAAUUUAGAAACAAGUAAUAAGUUUUUCAUCCAUCAGAGGUCAGUACAGCUCAGAGCAAAGUUCAGCAAAUCUGAAGGAGGAAAUGCACACAAAAGUUUUUUUUGCUGCAAUAAUGUGAAUAUGCCUUUACUGUAAAAAUGACUGACCAACUGGACAUUUCUAGUGAGUGAAGUUGCUUAAAUGUUCCAUUAAUAUAAUGUAAAAACUGUAUGCUACAGCUAUUUCAUUGCUAAUGAGGAGUAAAUAAAGAGUAUGUUAACAUUUCUAUUUAACAACCCGAUUAUUAUCAAAGCUGCUUUAUUGAUAAAUACAUAGAAGCACAAUAUGUCAGAACUGUACAAAUAUAAAGAAAUCUUAUAAAUAUGCUACAUCACCAGUUUCAGAACUUAGUAUUAACAAAGAGGCUACAGGAGUUACAAGGUAAACUUCACACUAUACAGGAGACAUUUUUUCCUGACUUGCUUUAGGACUGUGACUAAGAUUUCAAAUUACAUAAACUAAAAACCUCGAUUGAGUCAACAUUGCUAUUAUGUCAGUAUUGAAUAUCUACGACUAUCUAGAAACCUUCAAGUAUCUGUGAUCUUGGGAUCUUUAGAGCUGAACAUCAGUUUAGAAAUGUUUAACACUAGUGCUCAAACAAAACCUGAGCUUCAGUACCAAUUUCAAUAAAUCACUUUUAAAAAAUAUUUAAAAAAUAUAUAUAUUUUUUUUUUAACAUGACAAAAGAAGCUUAAGUUCUUAAUUGUUAAAUUUUGACUAAACAAAAGAAAACAAAAAAGUAAAUCAUUUAAAUGACUGGCAAAGUAAACAACAACAAAUCUGAUCAAAGUUUUGUUCCCUGACAGUUUUUGAUACUUAAUCAUACAAAUAUAUUUUGCUGACGAGCAUAUAGAGAUUUAAGUUGAAAAUUACUUGAAAUUUUCAUGAUAAUGUCAAUGUUUAAAGACCGGAAACCACUAAAAGUACGUUCAGGUGUAGUUUUAACAGCCUAAUUCCACUAGAAAGGCACAGUAACCCU